CGUUUGAGUAACAGGGUGUCAUCAGCGAGAAGGCUUUAUUUUCGGCCAUAUUGUUUAACAAGCAGUACAAACGUUUAUUCGUUCGUGUUUAAAAUUAAAAAUGGACAGGAAGGUGAAAGACGUGUUAUUAAAUUGGGAUAAGUCGGUCCCCGAAGAAAUGAUGGAGGAAUAUAAGGUUGAGUACAAAUUUGAUGGGGUCACACCUCAGCCUUUUGAUGCCCGCUUCACCACAUGGAACCAAAUGAGGUUGUGCUGGCAAAAUUUUGCUGAUUAUCAGAGAUGUAUCAAACUUAAAGGAAAGACGUACGAGCCUUGUAAAUGGUUCAGUAAUAGAUAUCUAAGUUUCUGCCCUGCUAAAAAGAGGAACAAACUGCAUUUUUUGGUAGAAGAAGAUGCCUUUGCCUCUGGUAAGCGUCCACCUCCUAUGCUUCUUGAAGGUGAUGAUGGUCAUGAUGAACACUGAAAAGUCUGAGGAAGAAAAUAUGCUGCCAAGCAACAUGAUAAAAAGAGUUCUUUUAAGAACAUAUGUUACAGUGUUGUUGGCAUUUCUGAUUGUAAAUGUCUCAUUACGCACACCAUUUGAUGACUGUAAAGCAGGCGCACACAAAAUUGGAAUCUGUAAAGGACAUUUGUGCAGCUAGUUAGAAGUUAUUCGUGUUUGCACCAGUUGAUCAAAAGCAACGUACUUUUAGUAUGGUACAAUUUUUGCCAAUUCUUUUCUGAGUUACUUUGGUUACUGGUCAGUUUUAAAUAAAUAAAAUUUGGAAUGGAAA